CGGUGCUUGUCAAAGUUGGAAGCGUUGUUUUGAAUUCGGAUUAAACUGGUUGUGUCUAGUUGGAUCUGCGUUGUCAGUCGAUUCAGUUCUGGCAUAAAUCUUCAAGCUGUCUUAGAUUUGAUUAUGCGUCGCAACUACAGUCUUCAAUCGGAUAGAAAGAGUCGUCAGACAAGAGCACCAUCUGUUGUUGGACAAGAACAAAAAUCUGUAAAUCGUGAUGUGAAAUACAGACCACAGCCUAACGAAAUGGUUGAAAGUCUAAUGCAAUUUUUAGUCAAUACGGACUACUGCAGUUCAACACCCGAGGCUUCAUUGACACUGAAUUCCAAGGAGAUAUUUUCAAUAUUUGAGCAUGUUAUACGUCAAAUUGAUCCAUCAUUUCGUAUUAAAGGUGGUGUGAUGAAACCAGAAGAAGUACUUGUAAGUACUCUUAAGAAGCUUGGCUAUCCUAACCCUCUGAGUAAACUUCAUUUAGUCGCACCUGGUGCUCCUCAGGCAUGGAAUUCCAUUGUAACCGCAUUGAAUUGGUUAAGAGAAGGAGUGGAGCAUGCGAAACAGUUAAGUGAAUUUAGCAUUCCCGUUGCUGAAGGUGAUGGAAAUGCUAAUGAGAAAGCAUCAGUGAACAAGCUCAUUCAUGAAUUGAAGUUGUCGUUGUUUAAGAAAAAACGCGGAGACCCUAAUAUUACUGACUCUGUAAUUCAGAAUCUGAAAUCAUCUAUCAGUAUAACACUGGGCGCUCCAAGUGAUGAAGAUAUGAAGAAAGCCUAUGAUCGAUCGAAUGAAAUAGAUAAAGAGCUGGCAAGUUUUGAGAGUAACUAUAAUGAAGAAAACGUGCUAAAAGAACAAAUCAACGAAUUGAAUCGCAAGAUCCAACUGUUGAAUGAAAAGAUGCAUAACAUUGAACCUGAGAUAUGUACCAUUAAGUGUAUGGAUGAUGAGUUAGCGAAGAGCGUAAAAGACGUUGAGGUAGAAUUGAAAGAAAGUGAAUUGAAGUUGGCUGAAGUACGUGCAAAAGUGAAAGAACAAGAUGAUGCUGGCUAUGGAAAGUUGCGACAAGAGUAUCGUGUGCUGUGUGAACGUUUUGAGGCUAGAACACGUGUUAAAGAAGAGUUGACAAAGGAAUUGGAACAAAAACAAUUAGAUUAUACUCGUCUUGAAGGUGUGAUUGCUCCAACUUUGGAUGACUAUAAUCGUCUUGUGGGAACUUUGAGGUUACCUGAGUAUUCAGCCAUAGCUGAAAAGUGUAAUUUAGAUGUAUGUACAUAUCGUAAAGGAUUUGAUGUCACCAAAGAAAUCCCCAGAUUAAUUGAAGCUGUCACACAUUGUAUUGAUCAAUUUAAUAUGAUUAUAUCUGCUAAAGAAGAGAAAGUUCAGCAUAUGAUUGACGAAAUAAAAACACUUGAAGCAUCUAUUAACAAGUCUCAUUUGCCUGAUCUACAAGCGAAAUUGAUAGAAGUUAAAAAUGAAUUGACAAAACUAGAUGAAUUAUUGACAGAAAUUGAUAAUUCUGAUGAAAAGUCAGAAGAAGAAUUUAUUAAACGAUGCAAUGAGAAACAUGAACGCUUGGAAGAUUUAAAAAAACAAAUCUGCGAAGAAGAAAAGCGUAAAACAGAAUUGAAUGAAAAGUUGUUUCGCAUAAUGGAAGAGAAGUUUAUGUGGAAAUCUCAAAUUGAAACAGUGAAUCACCAAUUAUCUGUCUUUGUACCGUAUAUUCAAACGUACUUCAAAGAGAAAGAACUAGCAGCUAGAUCUUGGCAGACGCAUGUUAAUCUGUUACGCGAAGAAGCACGAACAACACUUAAACGGACUGAAGAUAAAGUCAAAAAAGCAUUAGAGGAAGUUGAUAAAGAAACACAAAAGUAAACGUGUCUGUCUGUGUGUGUAUAUAUGUACAUAACAAAAUGGGAGAUUACAUCGCGGCAUGGUAUAUCCCCCCAUCCCUUUUAGCUUUUGACUAUUAGUGCAUUUCAGGCAAUACACCAAACUAUUCCAGCAUCAUUCUUUUUUCCCUCUUGAAUGUUUAAUAAUAUAAUUUUGAAUUUACUGUUAUUCUUUAUUCCUUUACCCACUCACUGCACCAGGCAUGAGUAUGGGAAGCAAGCG